AUGCUUUAUAUCCGAUCAUGUCUUUCUUAUUACUAUUACCUGCUUCUAGCUUCUUUACCAAUAUUUCUCUUUUUCUUCUUUUUAUCUUUGUCUUCUCUUUUUACUUUCGCCAUUUGUCUCUUGUCGGCAAUUCUACUUCGUUUUUUCCCUCUCUGCUACAUCUUCCUUUGUUCUUCUAGCUCUGUCAUUGCUUCCUCUCUUUUUAUCUCAUUUUUUUUUUACUCUCCUUCUCUCUCUCUCUCUCUCUCUCUCUUUCUCUCACUGAUUCUCUCUAUUCCAACGCUUGUAUUCUCUUGUUUGCUUUUCGUUGUUUUCCUUUUUACCUUACACUGUUUCUUCUCUUUCUUAUUCUCUCUCCUCUUAUUCUCAUUUCAAUCUUCAAUUUUUUUCCUUUCACUCUUUCCUCUUAUCUCUCUCUCUCUCGCUCUUUCUUUUUUUCUUUCUUUCUCAUUUUUCUCUCCCUCUCCCUCUCUGUCUUUUGCGCUGUCUCUCUCUCUCUCUUUCUUACACACACACACACAUCCAAUAACAGUUAUGCACUCAUACAAGCAUCGAACUCUUGAUUUUCGUUCAUGA